AUGGCACCUAGUAAGCAGUGGAUGCAACUUGUUGAUAAUCGUCUCGAUGAAAUCUAUUUGAUCGGCGUGCAAAAGUUUUUGAAUUAUGCUUUUCAAAAAAAUGGAGAAGAAGAUGAAAUACGAUGUCCAUGUGUCAAAUGUUACAAUACAACUUUAGGAACUCGUAAAACAGUUGAGACACAUUUGCUAGUACAUGGAAUAAUUCGCAAUUAUACUUUUUGGUAUCACCAUGGAGAACGUUUGGGUGAGCCAUUAUCAGAAUCAGAACAUGAAGAUGAAGAUGAAGAUGCUAUAGAAGAAUGUGAGAGUGAAGAUGAAGUAGAAGAACUAUUGAGAGAUUUAUAUCCUAAUCUUGAUGGAGGAACUACACAUACUGGUUGUGAUGACUUUCUUGAAGAGGAACCAAAUGUUGAAGCAAGAAAGUUUUACAGCCUAUUAAAGGAUUUUGAGUGUCCAUUGUACAAAAAUUCAAAAGCUUCAAAGCUUUCCACUUUGAUCAAAUUGCUUCAUAUAAAAAGUAUGGGUCAUUGGAGUAAUGCAUCAUUUACAAUGCUAUUGAAAAUGUUGAAAGAGGAGUUAUUGCCUGAUGGUGCCAAUUUGCCAAAUUCAUAUUAUGAGGCAAAGAAGAUAAUUCAAGAACUUGGUCUUUCAUACAACAAGAUCGAUGCUUGUACUAAUGAUUGCAUGUUAUACUGGAAGGAUGAUAGCUUACUUGAUUCUUGCAAGGUUUGUGGUGCGACGAGAUGGAAAAUAAAUACACAUAGUGGGGAAACAAGGAAUAAAAAAGGUAAAAAGAUAGCAUCAAAGAGUUUACGAUAUUUUCCCUUAAAGCCUAGACUUCAGAGAUUGUUUAUGUCUACCAAGACAUCUACUCUGAUGACAUGGCAUAAGGAUAAAAGAGUGGAUGAUGGAAUAAUGAGGCACCCGGCUGAUUCAAUGGCAUGUAAGUCAUUUGAUGAACUUCAUCCUUCAUUUGCGGUUGAGCCUCGAAAUGUUCGACUUGGACUUGCUAGUGAUGGAUUUCAACCAUUCCGGAAUUCAAAAACCUCACAUAGCAUUUGGCCUGUAGUUCUUAUCCGUUAUAAUUUACCACCUUGGUUGUGUAUGAAGCAAGAAAAUUUUAUUUUGUCAAUGCUUAUUCCGGGUCCAAGUGGUCCAGGAGAUGCAAUUGAUACAUAUCUUCAGCCUUUAAUAGAGGAAUUGAAGGAGUUGUGGGAAGUUGGUAUUGAGACCUAUGAUGCAUCAACUAAGCAAAAUUUUAAGUUGCAUGCUUCUUUAUUAUGGACCAUCAAUGACUUUCCAGCAUAUGGAAAUUUAUCGGGAUGGAGUACGAAAGGAAAAUUGGCAUGCCCAUGUUGCAAUAAAGACACUUCCUCAAUUCGAUUAACUAAGGGUAAGAAACAGUGUUUUAUGGGUCAUCGGCGUUAUCUUUCUAAGAAUCACAAAUGGCGAAGUGAGAAGGGGUCAUUUGAUGGUACAGUGGAGAAAAGGCCUCCACCAAAAGUGUGUUCCGGUAUUGAGAUAUUUAAUCAAGUGCAAGAUCUUGAAGGGUUACAAUUAUCAAAAGAUCCUAAGAUAAGAAAGAACAUAUCACAUGAAAACCGAAUGGAUAAUUGGAACAAGAAAAGUAUCUUUUUUGAACUUCCAUAUUGGAUGUGUCUCUUGUUGCGACAUAAUUUGGAUGUUAUGCAUAUUGAAAAAAAUAUAUGUGAUAAUAUCAUGGGGACAAUUAUGAAUGUCAAAGGAAAGACCAAGGACACAAUUAACACUCGAUUAGACUUACAAGAGAUGAACAUUAGGCCAGAAUUGCACCCCAUCCAAAAGGGGGAGAAAAUAGAAGUUCCAAAAGCAUGCUACACAUUGUCUCCAGAAGAUAAGCACAAAUUGUGCCUUUUCUUAAAGAAUCUAAAGGUUCCUGAUGGGUUUUCAUCUAAUAUUUCUCAAUGUGUGAACCUGAAAGAUCACAAGAUAUCUGGAUUGAAAAGUCAUGAUUGUCAUGUUCUCUUGCAACAUCUACUCCCUCUUGCACUUCGUGGUAUGUUGUCCAAAGAAGUGUGUGAACCUCUCGUUGAAUUGUCUAUAUUUUUUAUUGUGCUUGGAUCGAAAGAGUUGAGAAUUGAAAACUUGGAGCAUAUUGAAGCACAAAUACCCAUAACACUUUGCAAGUUGGAAAAGCUACUGAAGCUAAGAUUGCUGGACCGAUUCAAUAUCGGUGGAUGUAUCCCGUGGAGCGAUGGCUAUAUUUUUUGA